GUCGCGAUGGCAGAACGAGACAGUUGGUACGACGAUUUAAUGCGACCCCCAGACGCCAAACUCGAGGGCCUCGACACCUACGUCACAGACUUCAACGACUUGGAAAGCAUCGGCUCAAAUAGAAUCCAUGGCCCUGGUGCUACUGUGCCUCUAGAUCCUACGGCAUCUGAAUUUAUUCCAAUUGCUUCCAGCUCGACUGCCUUGCAAGACUCGGCACUUCCGAGCGCAGAGCCGCCCUCCGUGCCUAGCACAUAUCCGAUAGCGAGUACAAUAGCCAGCACGGAGAUCACAGCACAGACCACUAUUCCUAGCCAGAAACCGAACCAGAGCGACAGGAAACAAGAAAUCAGAGAAGACAACAGCCCAGUUUUGACGCCACCAAGUCCGUUAAGGGAAGCAGAUGAGGAUCACGAUGAUCAAGCUUCAAUAACCUCCAUAGGUUCUACUACCUACACGCCGCAACAGAGACAUGACGCUAUCGAAAGGUUUUCUAGGGCUAUGCGCAGAAAGCUCAAUCAUAGCGUGCUUCAUAUUGUGGCUGAUGAUGUUUCUCGUUCUCUUAUUGUCUCCAAGUUCCGUAAGGCUAUCAAGGACUUUGCCCAGGCGGUCGAUGUAGACGAGUCUAUAAAAUCACAGAUGCAAGGUGUCAAGAUAAUACGCAGAUUGAGAUCUGAGAUUGCUAACAAAUUACAUGACUCAGUGGUGGAAACGGCUCAAGAGGAGGAGAAGGAAGAGGGGGCGCUUAGCGAUAUUGCUCUUGGCGAUGGUGCACCGCUGGGACUCGCAGAGAAAAUGCGAAACUGGCUUCCUGAAGCAGAUGUCGCCGUCUCAACUGACCAUUUCUUAGCAGAUCUUGUCCCACCAUAUGGUCCAGCCCCCAGCGAAGCAUGGUUUGAUGAUCAAUCAAGCGUCAGUUUCGGAGAGGGAUCCGAAGAUGGGACAGAAGUGGGGUUCAAGCUUGGAGGUGCUCCCAGCAUCUACGGGCAAUCAGUUGAUCCAUUGGCAGUCCUGGAGGCUUUGACAAAUCAGCCAGCAUUCGACCAGCUCAUCCGAACGGUCGAGAAUUGCAUACAACAGUACCAUGGUGAUAAGAUGCAUUUGAUACGGCAAAAGACUUCGGUCUCUCUGAGACGUUAUUAUCCUCAUCGCGAAGGGGAGAAUACUAUUCUUGGUGCUGUUUUUAAUGUCGACUGGGAUUUGAAGAGCUUCCUUGUUGAGAACUAUCAGCAGGGUGUACAUCAAAGGCUCGGGAAAGUGAUAGCAAUUACCGGCACCACUGAGACAGCCAGGCUAUGCUCAGUGAGCCAGUAUAUGAAGUGGCGUUGGCACCAUAAAAGUCCUCAGCUUCUCAUGGCUCUCGAACAGGCCAUGCUAGAGAGUACCAUGGCCUCGAAAACUUCUAGGUUUCUACCUGGUAUUUCAAGGAAAAAUCAGAUUACUGUGGAUCCAUCCUUGCGAACUAUAAAUGUUUCGGGGACCGAGCGCUUUAUCAUCAUGAUAGCUCAGCAGCUCUCCUGGCUGGCUGCUGCUUUUCAGGAAAAGAAGGACAGCCUCACGUAUGCGUAUGUGGGAUUUAGUGAGGCGACUCAGUUAGCCGCCGACUUGGGAGUCCCAACCUUUAACAUCGAAGUCCAACUCGAAGUAUUGCCAGAAAACGAAAAGUCAAAAAUGUGUUGGAAUUCUAUCAUAGGCCCAGGCGUGAUUAUAAGAGGAUUUCCUUUGCCCGAGAGAAAUCACAAGGAGCGCGGACUUGAGGCAUCAAUUCGAGUUAUGGCCCAGCUCCUGGACUUGCAUAAAGCAGUUACCUUCAAAGGUGGUUAUGUUUUUAAAGGAAGAUACACAGCUCUCAUUCCUGUGCAGACGUUUGGGAACUCCAUUCAGUGGCAUAUCGUGGACGCGUAUCCGCCAACAUGCGACUACGAGUACGAUCUAGUCGGUUAUUCCCAAGCAAGCAUACCACAUCGAUGGGCUCAAGUCGAAAAAUUACAGUUUGGUUUCAGUCAAUGGGGUGCAAUUACGGCCGAAGUCACUGUAGGAAAGAAGGACGGAUAUCGUUGCCAACGACCGGACGACUACGAUGCUCUUCUAGAAGAUGCUAAGAACACGCAUAUCAUCCUAUACGAUACUGAACAGAGGAGAGCAACACAGACUAAUGCAGAAGACCUAAUCUUACAUGUUCUACAUCAUCAAAGAAACAAGAAAGGCAAAGAUACACAUCCGGAUACAUCCUAUCAAGGGCAAGAUAUUGGUUUCGCACACCCUGAUCGGAGAGUAACCUCAACUCGAGAAGUCAUGCUCAGGAACGCUGAAAGAGUAUUUUGUCAUCGGCGUCCAUUUUCAAGCUCUGAGCUCGAACCAUGUCUUUUUAAGCAUGAGUUCAAGUCAUUGCAUGCCACUAUUGAUGGGCUUUGGGCCCAGGAUUAUGUGAAUCAAAAGUCCCAUGCAAUGAAGUUGAGCCUAAGCCUGAAACCCUACAUCAGUGGAUGGGAGUACAUGGACCUCGUUGAGCCCAGGAGAUGGAUGCCGCCAAAGUCGGCGAACUUGAGCAAUAAAUGUGGUCGUUGGAAUGAAUAUGCUAGAGGGAUUCAAGCCCUGAUAUUUUUCGGAUCUGGAUUUGGCGAUAUCCUAAGCGCUGCUUCGCUUCCAAACGUCUGUCCCGCUCUCACUUCUGUUCCGAAAGGCCAUUUCUGCUUGGGCAUUCGAGUCGAUACUCUGGAACGUCUUUUUACUGAGCAAGGUUCUUUGAAAGACCAGGCGAGGCUUACUGCAAACGGUCUAACUUUGUCUGGUUCUAACGACCUUUUCAAAGCAAACGACGAAACGGCUGGUCAACGAUGUGGUCUUCGGCGGUUGGUACAGUUUAUCAAGCCAGGGCUAAAAAGGGGGGGACAUACUUCCCUUCCUCUCGAAACAAACGGCGCCGUCAUUAUUGGUGAUUUUGAGGACAGCAUUCUGCACAAGGACUGUGUUCAGGAGAGGAGUAGGAAUACUUCUGGGAGAAGUCCUAAGUGGUUGCGAUUGGAUUAUUAUACUUCCUCUAUACCUAUGAGGCCAAGACCAACCACAUACCACGCGCAAGACAGUUUAUUGGCUUCAUUGUCUUCUGCGUCCUCCAGGUCGGCUGCUCUUCCUGUCCCUCAGGAACAUUUCGACAUUCCCAAUAGAACAGGAGAAGGUGGCCCGGGCCAACACAUCAAGACAGCUGGCACGCCUGAAUCAAUAGCUUCCGAGAUCGGACUAGUGUUUAGUGGCGAAAACACAGCUCGGAAGUACCUAUGUCGCUGCUGUAUCAACUACCUGCUGAACCAAAAUCAGCCAGCUUUUACCAGGGGCGCCAACGACGAAUAUGACAAGCAAGUAACUGGACCAUACGACCCAUCUGAGCUCGAUAUCACUUUGAACAUGCUUGGUCCGGAACAAUGGGAGAUCUUGUUAAACAGCAUAGAUUCGACGUUGAAUUAG